GUGAAGAUAAAAACAAAAACCCACCAAAGCCCCAGCCGGAAGGACAAAUAAUAGAUCUAGAGAUACCGACAAAUUCCCAAUUCUCCCAUGGCGAUGUCUCUCUAUUUUGUUCUUCUUCUUUUCAUGUCUCUGCUUGUUUCUUUUGGUUCUGCUGAGAUCCGAUUCACGGAGAUCCGAUCCGAUGGCCGCCCCAUAAUUCCCUUCGACAAAUUCGGUUUCACCCACACAGGCCGUCUUGAGCUCAACGUCUCUCAGGUCGAGCUAUCAGACUCGAACCGAAAUCUUGACUUGUCCAAAGUCGGAUUCUUCCUCUGCACACUCGACGCAUGGAUGCGCGUGCUCCAACAACUUGAAGAUGAGGAGGUCGCCUGCGUUCUCGAUUCCGAUCUCAUUAAACUCGUCUCCAACUUUAAAUCUCUUAACGGGCAAUCCAGCUUCAACUCCCUUUAUGAAGAAAAGGAUGCCGAUCAGUACACCCUCGUCUUCGCUAACUGCCUUAACCAAGUUAAAGUAUCGAUGAAAGUCCGAUCAGCGAUGUACAAUCUCGACGGCAAGAAAAAUCGCUGGGAUUAUCUCUCGGCGGGCGAAACGGUUCUCCCUAGGGUUUACUUCCUUUUGUCCCUCGUUUACUUCACUCUCGCCGGGGUUUGGAUUUACGUGCUUUACAAAAAACGACUCACCGUUUUCGGAAUCCAUUUCUUUAUGCUUGCUGUGGUUAUUUUGAAAGCGUUUAACCUGGUAUGCGAAGCAGAGGAUAAGUCUUAUAUUAAGCGUACAGGGAGUGCUCACGGUUGGGAUGUAUUGUUUUACAUAUUCAGUUUCUUGAAAGGGAUAACGCUUUUCACGCUGAUCGUUUUGAUUGGUACUGGGUGGUCGUUUUUGAAGCCUUACUUGCAGGACAAGGAGAAGAAGGUUUUGAUGAUUGUGAUUCCACUUCAAGUCGUUGCUAACAUUGCCCAAGUUGUUAUCGAUGAAACUGGGCCUUUCAGUCAGGAUUGGAACACAUGGAAGCAAGUGUUUUUGCUUGUUGAUGUCGUUUGUUGUUGCGCAGUGUUGUUCCCGAUUGUUUGGUCUAUUAAGAACUUGCGCGAGGCAGCUAAGACAGAUGGGAAAGCCGCCGUGAAUUUGAUGAAGUUGACUCUGUUUAGGCAGUACUACAUCGUAGUGAUUUGUUAUAUUUACUUUACCCGUGUUGUGGUUUAUGCCUUGGAGACGAUUACUUCUUAUAAGUAUCUUUGGACCAGUGUAGUGGCUGGGGAGUUAGCCACACUUGCAUUUUAUGUGUUUACAGGGUUUAAAUUCAAGCCAGAGGCUCAUAACCCAUACUUUGUGAUCGAUGAUGAGGAGGAAGAAGCUGCAGCAGAGCAGCUGAAGCUUGAAGAUGAGUUUGAAUUGUGAUAGUAUUCAUUGAGGAAAAGAAAUGGAGAAUGAUUGAAGAAGGUUCAGGUUGUCAAACUGGGGCAAUUGAGGUAGAAGCCUUAUCAUCUUAAUGGGUACCAUUGAAAAAAAAAAUUGUGAUAUUUGAUGCUUGUUAGUACUUAUUGUGCCCUUUUGAUCUACUGUACCUUUUUUUUUUAUAAGUUGUUAGGAUACUUAAACUUUGAUGCUUGUUGUGAAUUUAAUAGCAUAUGUAACUACAAAUACAAAACUUAUGCCAUACUUUUUGUUAAA